CGCACGCUAUGCAUUAGUCGAAGCGGUCCUCAGGUUCUCCGCAUCAUUACAAAGGCCUUGACCAUGAAGGUCGGUUCGUCAACUGAACUGGCUGUUUCCUCGGGAGAUGGGGAUGCAUUCCUUCCCAAUAUCUAUUCUGUUAGGAUUGAUUGUAAGGUUUUGGCAGCAAACAUAAUUGCACCUUUGGACAACGUGUGUGCACGCGCUCAGCUUCCAGGCUCGCGUUUACGGCUUAUAGAGCUUCAUCCCGAUAUGCUUCAAGUCAUUCUCCGCCAUCCGGUGGGGAAGAAAUUCGGGAUUGCUAUCCUUCCGACUGGGAAGGGAAAUGGUAGUGCUUGAAAGUUAUGUUAGUCGUUGAUACGCUGCCGUAUCCAGUUCUUCGUGAUGUGCACUGCAUAACCCAAUUUCCAUGCUGUAUCAUGUACGCUUCGGUUUGCUCAAUGGUGUCAUGUAGUGCUCUUUUCUUGAUUUUAUUUCCUUGUAUUCUUUACUAUAGAUAUACGUCGC